CGGUGAUGUCGAAUUCGCGGUUGCUUACGCGGGAGCAUCCCCAUUAAAUUUUAUGACAGCCACGCCAGGUAACAUAACGUCAAGGAUCGGAGUGGAAGGCCUUGUGCUAUAUGGGUGGUGUUGGGUUACCUGGGCCAGUAGUCACGUGGUUGCUUUCCGUCGCAGCCGAGCGCGCGCGCAGCAGUUUCUCUCCGGCUCCGAACUGGGUAGGCCACGCGUCAUACGUACUCCUGAGGAGCAGGUGGCUUUCGAUCAGCAAUGGCGCGAGCAGAACCCAGAACGGACUGGUCUACGCCGUGGCGAUGCUGCAGCCCGGGCACAAGAACAGCUCCACUGCAGCACCAAGUACGCAUGGCACGGACGCGCUGGCUACCUGGGGCAGCUGGAGUGCGUGGAGCGAAUGUUCGCGCAGCUGUUCCCUCGGCGUACAAACGCGAACGCGUCACUGUCUCUUCCCUUCGGCUUUGCGCAGGCCAGCGGGCAGCAACGCGACUUUGCACUGCACCGACGCCGGUCGACUGCGGAGCCGCUUUCCCGAGGCGACGUUGCACUGGGAGCACGACGGCCGUCGGCUCCAGCUCGACCAACGCCGGCAGCUCUUCACCGGUGGACGCCUAGAGCUCACGGACCUUCGGCCCAGCGAUGCUGGACAUUAUGCCUGCUGGAUGGAGACUGCUGGGCGGCCGCUGCCUCCUGUUGCCCUCGUCUCGCUAACUGUGCCCGCACCCCCUGUGAUCGUGGCCCCGGGUUCCUGCCUGGUGCUACUUUGCCGCCCUCCGCCCCCUUCUGCAGCUCAGCUGGUCAAUGCGGGUCGCUUCGAGUGGCACCUCAAUGGAAGUCUACGAGCAACCACACGCCGGGCUGGGAAGAUGCAAACACUGUACCUGCCUGGAGUGACCGAAGCCGAUAGCGGCCUCUGGGAAUGUGUUUACACGGGGCAAGACCAGUCAUGGGCACUUGUGGAGUUCCUUCUCGAAGGAGGAGCAUGUGUCGUGAAGUCUGGCCACGGAGGGGGUCACGCAGUAUCAGGACGUCACAACGUUUCGGCUCUCCCUGCGACUCACUCGGUCGUCGGCUAUGCUGCUGCUCGUUGCGCUGCCCGAUGAAGCAGCGUGAUAGACCACCGAAAAUACUGCAGGCAGCGCCAAAACCUCCCCAUGUCCUGAUUCCACGUGGCCACCUUUUUUUGAAAACGGAGCCGGCAGGGUGGACCGCCAUCACCAUUGUUGCAGUGGUGUUUGUGCAGCUUGCCACACUGUUCUGCUGCGGCUGGGCUUGGCAUUGCAGGAGGACGCGAG